UGCGCAAAUUGUUGAUGUGAUCUAUGUUUACAUGUUAUUAACAAAUUUUGGCCACAUCUGUGACGUAUUUGCAACAUGUAGCUUCAGACGAUAUGCCUCGCCUAUGAAAAAUGUAGAUUUAUGAACAUUUCUCCGUACUUAGCUGUAAAAAGCGUUCUUUAAAAGACAUGGUGUUAUAAUGUGCUCUUUGCAAAACGGUCCUGGAUCUCCGAAGCCGUAUGAUUACUUACUGAAGUUUUUACUGGUGGGAGACAGUGAUGUUGGGAAGGAAGAGCUGCUCAGUGGGAUGGAGGAUGGUGCGACGGAAUCCCCUUAUCCUAGUACUGAUGGUAUAGACUACAAAACCACCACAAUCCUUCUGGAUGGGAAGAGGGUAAAACUACAGCUGUGGGACACCUCUGGCCAGGGACGUUUCUGUACUAUAUUUAGAUCUUACUCCAGGGGAGCUCAGGGCAUUCUUUUAGUGUAUGACAUAACAAACAAAUGGUCCUUUGAUGGAAUAGCAAGAUGGAUCAAGGAAAUUGAUGAGCAUGCACCAGGUGUUCCUAAAAUAUUAGUCGGAAAUCGGCUGCACAUGGCGUACAAGCGACAGGUUAGUGAACAGAUGGCGGAGUCCUACGCUCUGAAGAAUGACAUGGCUUUCUUCGAGGUCAGCCCUCUGUGUGACUUCAAUGUAACAGAAUCAUUUGCAGAACUCUCCAGGGUAGCGUUAAAACGCAAUGGAAUGAGAAGGACCUGGGGAACUGAUAAAGUGCUUUCGUUGAAGGAGAUUGCUUGUCGGUGCAUAGUGGCCAACACCACUAUUUAUGGAAUAGACAGACUUCCUUUGCCUCAUUCACUGACUUCUCACCUCAAAUCUUAUGCACUGACAAAUAAAACCCGAGUUCGAAUGCAGAGCUUUGUUCACCGAAAGAUCAAAUAUCUCAACCCCACGGACACACCACCCGCCCACUGUCGACAGAGUUGCUGCAUCAGCUAACAGUGGCAAUUUGGCAGUCGUCAUUCUGCUGCUCACUCCAUAGUUGAUCUGCAUCGGCUUUGUGAAUUUUGCUUCAUGGAGGUCAACAUUAAAGUUAGAGUAUUCCUCUUUUUGAUACUGAAUUUCAAAGGCAUUAUUUAGUGGUAGAUAUAGCUUGUAAUAUUCUGUUUUACAGAAACUUUGCAGCAUUGAACAUGCAAAUGAAUGUUGUUGCCUUUUUUUUUUUAAUAGAAAUGAACUUUUUUUUUCAUUGUAUUAAGUUUGUAUCAGUUGUUCAUAGGGCUUCAAGUUCUUGGUCGAAUAAAGGUGUACUAAUGUACAUGACAUGUAUUCAUAUUAAUGAAAUAGGGUGUUUCUAAACAUUCCUGAACAUGUGAUAACCAUCUUGAAACAAACUUUUCAAAUAAUGAUCUUGUCAUCAAUGCAGUCGGUUGUCUUCUGCUUUUAAAGACAAACAUUUCUUCCCUUUAAUUUAUAUGUAUAAGCAAGAUUAGUUGCCAUGAGUUGGGUAUUUUUUGUAUCCCUCAGUAACAGCUCUCUAUAGUACUGAUCUUGUUAAUUAUCUUUGCAAAAUAAGUUUUAGUAGCAUAGAAAGCUUAAAAUUGAAAAUUGUGUGUGUGUUUGUGUGUUUGUUUGUUUGUGUGGUAUUAGUGCUAGUCAUGAUCGGUAUCAGUGAUUGAGACAUGUUAAAACUUUGUAUGUGUGUCUGUUUGUAUGGUUAGUGUGAGAGAAUGUGUCCCCCCUGUAAAGUAUUAUUGUUGUGAUCUCGAGAUGUAAAUAACAUUGCACAUUGAAUACCAACCAAAAGAUAUUAAAUCAGCAAGAAAAAGCAGAUUAAUUUGAUAAAAAAAAAAAAAAACAACAAUAUUUUGUGAAUGUCCCUUAAUUUUUUUUUUUUACUGUUAUUUUUCCAAAACUGUUAAUAUAAAUUUAAUAUAACAGAAAUAUGAUAAAGCUUUCCUCUUCAUAAUUUUUUCUAUGAUAUAUUUUCACAGCAUCAAUUUCUUUCUCACUUCUCAUUUUCAUCCUCCUUCAAAUGUAAUUAAAAGCAUAAUUUUUUUAUAUGAAACACAUUUUUCACACUUUAUGCAGCCAUGUAAACUAUAUACAACAUGUACCUCUGUAGCAAGAUUGUCUCAUUGGUUGGUAUAUUGUAAAAACAUCUGCAUACAUUAACUUGGUUUGAAAGACUGCAAGGCAGGUGCUAAAACAUCAAAAGAUUAACAUGUACCGGUAGUUUCAUCUAGGAAAACUUGUGUACAUGUUUACAUGUAGAUUAUUGUAUAGCUGUAAAUGUACAGUGUACCGGUAUGUAAAAACUUGCACGUACAUGUAUAUUAUUAUGAAUAAUAUUUUGAAGAAAUUCAGGCAGUUUUUGUUACAAAUUUCCUCCCAGCUAAAAUCAAAAGUCGAAGAAUAUGCAAUGACAUCGGAAAUAGAGUUUAUUUUUUAUGGAACAAAUUUUCCAUUUUUUCCCAUUUUUCAACUACCAAGUACUCUCAAGCAGUACUUUUGUUAUGUUGCAUCAAAAUUGUCUUUUUUGGAAAUUCUGAAGUUUGAUUAUUAGAUUUUGUACGGUAGUCAGAUAGAAACUUGAUACCAUAAUAUGGUUGUGUUUGCUCUAUUUAUUUGCAUUUAACUUAAAACUAUGUAUUCAGCUGUAAAUAUUUGUUUGUUGUGUUGGUGCUAAAACCAGAUUUUGUACUUUUCCAUAACUAUUAUACAAAAAAAUCAGUAUAUGUGUAGUCAAAGGUAGUGGUUAAUUUUUUUUGUACGUUUUUGGUGCAAUUAUCUACUUUUUAUAACUUAAAUACUUGUGCUGAUCAAAUUUCUUAAUUUUUGCUAUUAUGAAAAACAUUUGUCUACUGUCAAUAACUGUAUUUGAAUUCUAUAUGUGACAUGUGACAUUUACAUAAUGGUGAUAAUAAAAAUGGAAAGUCAUAG